GCUGCAUGUCCACGCUACAAAUGUAUUUCGCCAGUGGAAACAGACGGAUAAAUGCAUAGACAGUAAAAGAUAAAUGGCGUUUCAAAUUGUUUGUCACUUCCGUGACGACUACUGGUGACGUCAUCGUGUUUGUGUUGAGCGCUGACACACUGGCAGAUUAGCUACAAACCUGCAGCUGUUUUCAUUUCCUGCAGGUAAUGUUUUAACGCUUAAUCGUCUAUCGAUUACAUACUUCUGCGUUUUACUCGAGCACUUGCGUCUAAGAAGAUCCAGAGCCAUCUCAUUUUGGUGCGGUGUCACCCGAUCUGGGUGAAAUGUCUUUUAGUUCCACAUGAGCUCUACUAUGUGGUACAUCAUGCAGAGUAUUCAGAGCAAAUACUCCUUGUCCGAAAGGCUUAUUCGAACCAUAGCUGCCAUUCGCUCCUUCCCACAUGACAAUGUGGAAGAUCUUAUACGCAGGGGAGCAGAUGUGAACCGGAUGCAUGGCACGCUGAAGCCUCUGCACUGUGCCUGUAUGGUGGCUGAUGCUGACUGUGUGGAGCUUUUGCUGGAGAAAGGUGCCGAGGUAAAUGCCGUGGAUGGCUACAACCGCACUGCCCUGCAUUACGCAGCGGAGAAGGACGAGGGUUGUGUGGAGCUACUUCUAGAAUACGGGGCCCAGCCAAAUGCUCUGGAUGGCAACAAGGAUACCCCACUGCACUGGGCCGCGUUCAAAGAUAACCCUGAGUGUGUACGGGCCCUGUUAGAGAGCGGCGCGUGCCCGAAUGUUCGCGAUUACAAUAACGACACGCCCCUCAGUUGGGCGGCCAUGAAGGGCAACCUGGAGAGCGUCCGUGUGCUGCUGGAGUACGGCGCUCAAGUCCAUGUCACCAACCUAAAGGGCCAGACGCCCAUCUCACGGCUGGUGGCGCUGCUGGCUCGUGGCCUGGGCACGGAACAAGAGGAAGAGUGCUUGGAGCUGCUUUCCCGUGCUGCGGGGAGGUUCGAGAUCCGCAGGGCCGAUGGCUCUUUACCACGUGAGCUCAGCAAAGAUCCUCAGUUACUGGCUCGACUCACUAGCCUCGUGGCCCAGCCGCCCUCGUUGCGAGCCUUGGCGCGCUGCUCCGUUCGUAACAGCCUGGGAGUUCAGUACCUCCCAUCUGCGGUGAAACAGCUCCCACUUCCAGAGUCCCGUGAAAGAAUAUGUGCUCCUCAGAGACUGAGGCAGAAGACUGUUCUUAAUGUCAGACGUCUUCUGUGUACGUGAACGUGAUUGUAAUCAGACUGCAAUCUGAAGCGUGUCUGUCCAUGUACAGUUGGUGAAGAAGUGGGGAAGUUUCGUGUAUCUUUUGUUGCUAUAAUGCCAUCAGACAAAUUCAGUUGCCGUACGAUUGUCUGCUUUCGUGCAGAAAAAUAUUGAUCUGGAAGGAGAGAUGUCGAUAAUGCACUGUUGAACCCAUAAUGUUAAAAUAUCAGUAGAUAACAUUGUGUGAAACACUCUUAAUUGCAAAAACAAGAAAAUAAUUUAAAAUAUUAUUUACCAGUAAGUCCUAUGUACACGGAGAUAACACUUUAACAGCACUUAUAAGUUAUGAUUAUAUAUUAACUUUAUUUCUUCUAUUUGAAGUUAAAGUUUUUAUCCAUGCAGUAAUAGUUUUUUUUAAGACAACUAAAAUCUUUCAAUUUUAAAGUCAAAUAAAUAUUAAAAUUUUUGUUCAAUCAUUUUAUGAGGCUUCCAAGUAACCUUGUUUUACAUUUGUUUAAUGUAAGCACACUUCAUUGGAUUUCAAAACAACAUCGAUUUCUGUCCAUCACAUUUGUAAUCUUGAAUAUUUCUCUUGAAAACUACCUGGUUUAGAGUCUUGGAUUGUAUUACUUAUUUUGGUGCUGAUGAUUGCUGAAAAUGAGCUGCAUUUACGUUUGAGAUGAAAACAGUGAACCUUAACAAGUAUAUUCUGUAUCAGUAAUGGGAAUGCUCAUUUUUUUUAGCUUCGCAUUGUCUUGUAAGCAUAAUCAUACCAAACACUGGCUGACCAUGAAUGUCUUAAAUGAAUUUAUGCCAAUGCUGGUGUCACAUGUUGUGAACCCCCACUUAUUUUUUCCAGCUCUGCUUUCAUUUCUCUGUUAUAUUGCUCAAGACUUAUGUAGUGCUCUCUAGAUCACGUCUGGUUUUAUGCAUGCAGACUAACCAGUAAAAGCCUCCAUGCAUUGUU